AUGGUACUGGGCUGGUGGAGGGACCAGAUCCAGGGCUGGCUUACAAGCAGUGGCACCCCCUCCAAUCACGACACCCAUGAAGACAGCAUCGCCCGAGCCACCGAUCACGCCGGUGACCGCCACGACACGUGCAGGGCCAGCCUCACCUGUGACACCUGUGACAGGCGUGACAGCAGCCACACCUGUGAUACCAGUGCUACGCGGGACACCAGAGACGCCUGCGACACCAGCAGCACCUGCGACAGCUGCAAUACCAGUGCCAUCAAGGUCAUUGAAAAGACACAUCAGAACUUCUCCGACCUCCAGGAACUGUUUCGAGAGGUUAACAGUAUGAGAAUGGUAAACCACCCGAAUAUCGUGAAACUCCUGGAGGUCACCGAUACACCAGAGACUCUGUUCAUAGUAAUGAACAGUGGGGGAGACUUAUUCACCUACUUGGAGGUCCAAGGCUGCCUGACGGAGGGGGAGGCCCGAGGCGC